CAAUAGUGGUUCCCCGUGUUUAACAGGUGCAAGGUUAGCCAGCCACAAGUUACCUUAUCGCUUCUCACUUUGCGUGGCGAGAAGGUAAACCGUGAAACUAUACGUGAACCAAAACAGAGUCGUAGAGUCUGGUCCGGCUAGUCCAACGUGUGCUUCGGACCGGGCUAAACAUUGUUUAGCAAGAUUUUAACCAUUGGCAAGCGUGCAAUUACGUUAUAAACAUGGCGGACGGACCGCGAUCGAUCUCCGACGUGAAUGCGAUGGACUACGAAAAGUUUAUUCGCGUGUUCGGGAACUGUGUAGAACGCGGUGCGUACAUAGCAGCUGCUAUAUACGAGAACAGGCCUUACAGAACCGCAGCACACCUACACGCUGCCUUCUGCCAGUUCUUAGACGGCCAACCUGCUCCACAUAAGAGGGGAGUGCUGCGAUGCCAUCCUGAUCUGGCGGGAUCGCUGGCCGAGGCAGGAGAGGUGACGGAUGAAUCUAUGCACGAACAGCAAAGUGCGGGACUGCUGACUCUCACGUCCACAGAGCGACAACGCCUGCGCACCGCCAACGAUGCGUACAAACACAAGUUCGACUUCCCCUUCGUGGUCUGCGCGAGGGAGAACAAGAAGGAAGUCAUAAUGACCGAAAUCGAACAAAGAUUGUCGAACGAACCCGAGCAGGAGUUGUCGACUGGCAUCGCUGAAGUGAAGAAAAUCUGCUAUUACAGAAUUUUAAGUAUCGUAUCGAUUAAUUCAGGUAAUUCGAAUAUGUAGGUAUGCAGGAAAAAAUGCUUAAAAUAUCUACCACUACAAUCAUGCAUUUUUUGCAUGUUAUAGACCCACCUGUAAUUGUAGCGUCCGGUACCUAUAUCUCUCUAGAAAAGUUACUAGAUCUUAUUUAUUAGCACAUUUAUUAACAUCGUACAACAGACAAACGCUACACUAAAUAAUUGUUAGUACGCGUCAUGUCUUGACGACGACGUCAGCCAUCUUGUUUUCUGCUCUGCGGUAUCAUCCACUUACUAGUUUUUUCACUCGCGUAACUAUUGUAAAACUAGAAGAGUAGUGAUAUUAUUGUAGAUUAAUGCAGAACUAACGAUUGAAAAAAACCAGAUUUUUUCGCACUUAUCGUCUUUUGUUUUACUCACCUGUGAUUUUACUCGUGUAAACUGAUAUUUCGUUUGAUAUAGAUGAUGUGUACGUACUACAGUUGCAAGCCUGCAUUUAAUAAUGUAAUAAUUUAAUAUUUUAAUAUUAUCGAAAUUUUAUAAUUGUUGUAAUAAUAUUUUAAUAACUGAUGUGAUAAAGCUAUAGGAAUCCAACAAUAGGGUGUUUAUUUGUCUUUGCUAGCACAAGUAGGUACUUGAUUUGUCAGGGGCCGGUGCAAACAGUGCAUAUAACAGCAACCUAAUAAAAAUAUGAGAAAAUUAGAAACAAC